GUCAAUUAACGAGCGGUCUGGCCGACUAGCUGCUUGACAUGGUGUAUUUCUAUUGUAGGUGUUACUUUCUGACUCUCCUCCUCCAUCUCUCUUGAUAUCUGUGGCACUGUAAAUUUCUGCUACCAUGGAGCGUGUCCACCAAAUCGCAAGCCAUUUUGCCUCCGGGCAAACGGCACAGCAAGCCAUGGCCCCCAAAGAUGUACUGAUUGUAGGAUCUGGUGUUUUUGGACUGGGUACUGCAUACGCGCUGGCGCAACGAGAAGACUUCAAGAAGACCAAGAUCACCGUCCUCGAAAGAACACAAUUCCCGGCACAAGAUGCAUCGUCUGUGGACAGUUCAAGAAUUAUUCGUGCAGACUACGAGGACGUGCUUUAUGCCCAGCUCAUGGAAGAGGCCAUGCCACACUGGAAAGGUGAAUUUGGAGAGGAAGGACGUUUCUCUCAAUCAGGCCUUGCCAUCAUGUCCAAUGGCAGAAAUGAAAGCGCAGAGACAUUCCUCGAAGCCGCCCUCAAAAAUGUCACAGAAAAGCUCGGUCUCCAGAUUGGCAAAGACAUCACCGUAUUCGACAAUGAAGCCGAUGCUCGCAAGAUUAUGGGCACCACCGGCGGUCUCAUAGGAACCCGUGGCUACGUAAACUGGACUUCAGGCUGGGCACACGCUGAAAACGGCCUCAAAUUCCUCCGCAAAAAAGUCGAAGCCCUCAAUCGCGUACACUUCCAAACCGCCGAAGUCCAGCGACUCCUCUUCGACUCCUCCUACACUUCCGUCCUGGGUGUCCAACUCGCCGACAACACCACCCUAACCGCCGAUCUCACCAUCCUCGCCACAGGAGCCUGGACGCCCAAACUCCUCGACACACGCGGAAUCUGCUCAGCCACAGGCCAAGUCCUCACCUUCGUAGACAUUACAGACGAAGAACAAGCCCGCCUCACCCAAAAAGGCCAACCCGUAAUCCUCCGCGAAAACGACGGCCUCUUCAUUAUCCCACCCGUAGAAAACAAGCUCAAAAUCGCCCGCCAUGGCUACGGCUACGCGAAUUUCGUCACAAUCCCCCACCCAGAAAAACCAGCCUCCUCAGGCGAGAAAAUCACAGUCUCAAUCCCAAAAACAAAACUCGACGACCCCGAUAUGGAUAUCCCAGCCGAAGGAAAGAAAGUCUGUAGAGAUUUUCUCAGAGAUGCGGUUCCUUCCCUAGCCGAUCGACCUUUUUCUUCGACGAGGAUUUGUUGGUAUACGGAUACUCCUUCGGGAGAUUGGUUGAUUACGUAUCAUCCGAAGUAUAAGGGGCUUUUUGUUGCGACGGGAGGAAGUGGGCAUGGGUAUAAAUUUUUGCCGACGAUUGGGGAGAGGAUUGUGGAUGUUAUUCAGGGUAAAGAGAGGGAUGAGUUGGGACGGCAGUUGGCGGAGAGGUGGAAGUGGUCGGAGAAGAGGGAGAAGGAGGAUCAUGUUUGGACUAGUGAUUGGAGGGGGGAGGGGGUUAAGGGGAUGGUUUUGGAGGAUGAGAUGAGGAAGGGGGUUGUUUGAGAAAGGUGGGCGAGGGGGAUGCAAGGUGCUUGAGCGCCUUAUCCGUGUGAUUUAUGUGUGUGAAUAUAUGCGAAUCAAUGAAACAACGUACCCGUCGGUGUCCCUCCUUUGCUUCGUAUCACUUAGCUGCUCGCCAUUCGAGCUCGG